AUGCAGAACUGGCAGACCAACGCCCAGGCAGGUUCUGCUCAGAGCCAUAAUAAUAAUAUCUGGCCGGGCUCCUUUGGGUUCUCCAAUGGAUCAAAUCAAUUUGGUGGUGCUCAAGACUGGACCCAGCAGAUCCAUGACCAAAAUGCCUUCUCCCAUCUUGCCCCCCAAGGCAACGGUGCUCAGAGCAAUCCCUUUGGAUCGUCGCCUCACCAAGCCCACGCUUCUGUAGCGAGUGACCAUAAUGGAAUGUCCGCUUUGAAUCAGGGCAACUUCCAUAAUGGCCACAACCACUUUGCCUUGGACCCUUCAUAUGCUGACCCAGGUCAAGAUGAUCCUCUCGCUGGUCUUCAUGAUUUCCCUCAAGACAUGUAUGGCCAGCAAGGAAAGACUGACUUUGGUGGAAACAUGGACAAUAUGAACCACGACCACACGCCAGACUUUGCGAAUCAGCAAUUCCAGUACAAUGGCCAGAACAGCCAAUUGUUCAACGGCAAUGUGUCUCAAUACAACGAGUCCCAGCUCAUGCCUCAGCAUGGCCACCAAAGCUCUGCGCAAAUACAACAGCAACAAUCACAACCACAGCCGCGAUUUGACUCCAUUCCCCAGUCUUAUUCUCCCGCUCCCCAAGGCUAUGGACAGUCACCCCGGCAGCAUCAGGCACAGCCUGACAGAGUCUACUCACAGUCACCACACUCCUUCCAAGCUCAACAUGCGCACCAGCCAAACCAGCCAUUCUCCAACCCAACUCCGCCUCCCUUCCAGGCUAAUCAAGCACCUCCUUAUCAACAACCCAAGCUUGUGCCUCAACAAACGCAAUACGCCCAACCCAAUGUUGCCCCAACGUUCCAGCCGGUUGCGCCGAAGCAGAAGGUUGAACAGGUACGCGCGAACCAGCACACGCCGCAGCCUGUAUCCCAGCCGCCUCCACAGCCUGUCCAGCAGGCAAAGGCGGUUCCGGCCCCGGUUCGACCAAUUCAACCUCAUCCUCAGGCUCAGCAAUUGCAACUGCAGCAGCAGCAGCAGCAGCAGCCGCCGCAGUUCCAGUAUCAGCAACCGGCGUAUCAACAGCCCACCUUGCAGCAACAGCACCAGCCUCUUGCUGCGGCACCAAUAAUCCCACCCGGCACACCACCAGUCGAUUCUGCCACGCCUCCCGACCAACUUCCCGCUAAGAAACGCAAACGUGUGACUAAGAAGGAGGAGCCGGAGCAAGCGGACUCUCCCAAUGAUUUGGCGAGAAAAGGUGACGACGGCGAGACUCUGGUUUUUCCUUCAAGCACGGACGAAGAGCUUGCUGCAGUGAACCAGUUCAAGAAGCGCAGUGCCGCUGCAAAGAAGAAUUUCCCCGCAAUCCCAGGAGCGCCAUUUCUUGUAUCAUCUGGAACCGUAAAGUUAUCUACCAAGGGCUACGAUAGACUCGCGCCUCUUGUUGCUCUACCGUCAAGUAGUGGGAAACGCAUCAUCCCAGAGCUGGCUUCAGAACUUCCAUGUGAAAUCCAGGGCAAGUUCGCAGACCGGUACCGGCCGUCCGGGAUCAUCCCCGCGAAGCCCGAGGACCGAGAAUUUGAGGCUAGAGCGCUGCUCGAUCAGUACAACCGUGAGAUGAAGCAGCUGGGUAACCGCCGUCCGAAAUACGCCGAUUAUCCUUUCACCUUCCAAGAGCAGCUCAAAGCUGAUGAGGCUGUAAAGACCAAAGCUCAGAGAAAGGCUAAAAAAGAGGAGGAGGAAGAGCGGAAGAAACCAAUCCGUCCUGAAACUCGCCCUGCAGACCCAGUAGAGGGCGCCGUUUGGGAUAUCUUGGGCAUUGUCUACAUUGAUCCUACCGCCACGAGAACGAACGCGCUCAUCGCCAGCGCCGUCCAGGCACUCGGAGAAUUCUUGAUCAAGAUUAGAGGGGAGAUGAACCGAGCAAAGCAGGAGGUUGAUCAGGCCAUCAAGGAGGGCCAGCCGGCAUCUGUCGUUGCCGAGUGGACCCGAAAGACGGACCUGAAGAAGGAAAUUUUCACCAGGGUUUGCGAGGCGGCGGCCAAACACGGCGACGAAGCGGUGUUGGAAAAUUUGGGCGGUCACCAAAAGGGUAUUUUGAGUUUGGUCAACAUGUUGAUUGGCUGCAUCAAGGCCGCCGACUUCAAUGGGCCCCUCCCCAAGGCACUUCUUCGCUUCAUGUCCAACAUAAGCAUGUCUGAGAAAGUUUCGAAGGACGUGAAGUUCGAAAAUGUUCGGAAGCGUCUUGCAGACAAGGGCGACGACGAGGUCAAGGAGCUUGUGCGAACUAUUGCCUCGAGGAUCAAGAAAGACACCGAGACAAGCAAUGGCGUCGAGGUAAAGAAGACGUCAUCGGCCCUUCCAGCUAGCAAAGCCACCAAGCCGGCAACGAAGGCUGUUGAAAGCUCCCCCGCCAAGAGGGCCCGCGACGAUGACAGCGACACCCGAACUGUCAAGAAGAUGGCCGUGGAAUCGUCGAACACUACCUUGGCCAACAAGACGGGUGCCAAGCCAGCGACGGCUGGGUCUCUCCAGUCGAAAUUUGCUUCGAAGCCUCGUCCCGCGUCAACGCUCCUUGCAGGCAAGAUUCGACCUACCAAGCCAAUCACCAAGGAGCCGACAAAACCGGAAGCCCCAAAGCCCGAAGCCUCGUCCUCCGCUACGCCAAUGGAUGUUGACAAGAAGCCGGCACCAGCUCCGCCAAAACCCGAGCCAAAGGCAGCCGCCCCGAAACCAGCUGCAGCCUCUAGCUCCUCGCUUUCCAGCAUUGCGUCUCUUCUUGAUUCCAUCAACACCCCCAAGGCAGAGAACCAGGCAACGCAAGCGAAAGAUGCUAACAAGAGAGACGCCCCCGAAACUCCCGACGAGAAGGCAAAGAGACUCAGGAAGGAGGCUCGCCGCAAACUGCGGGUUACCUGGAAGCCCGAAUCGGAGUUGGUACAAGUUCGUGUCUUUCACAAAGAGGCGGCGGAGGAUGAAGACAAUAUGACGAAGGACGCAGCGGAUGAUCGCUCUGAGGGAAUGAUGCUCAAGCAGCGUGCCAACUUCAACGAAGACGAAGACGACGAGGAUGAGCUGCCUUACCAGCCAUAUGUCCCGCCUAUCCUGGCCGACGUAUCCCGCAUCGCCCAAGAGUACCGCGACAAGUCAUUUGUCACCCGAGGUGGUAGUAAGACUUUCCACACCGAUGAGCAGAAGACGAUCGCGGAUCGAGAGAACAGGGAACUCAUGGUUAUCUACACGGACGUUUCGGAUAUUCCUCCCACGCCUAAGUCGCCGCCCCCAGAGCCAGAAGUUCCCAAUGUCGACGCCAAGACCGUGCAGCUUCCCCAGGGUGAUGCGAAGUUCGACGAGAUUCAGAAGCGAUGGAAGGAGAGUCAGCAGUUUGGCUGGGAAGCUGCGGCAUAUUAUGCUCGGAAGCGUCUCGAAGCUAAGGAUGACCCCGCCACCAAGUUGAACUCCAUUCUGGGCAACCUUAAACCUGUUGCACCUGCUGUCACUCCCGAACCGUACAACAUGACUCCACCUGGAGAGCCCCCUGCUCAGCCGAUCAUUCCAUCUGCAGCCGACAUGCAGCCUAUCCCUUCGAUACCAUUUGACGACAAGGUUCACGGCAUUCUGAUAUCCGACAAGUUGAAGGACUGGAGGGACAAUAACCCUUACAAUGCGGCAGCACCUCAGACUCAGCGACGCUACGAUUACCCGGACCCAAGUAUCCAGGCGGCCGCGAACAGCAUCGAAGAGGUUGUCGAGAAAUUGCGAGGACUGCCCUAUCCUGCAACCAACCCGCCUGACUGGCUCGCUCAUGAUCAAGAGAGAGUCAGAGAAUGGUGGGCUGGGUUCCAGAAAGAUGCAGUGGCCAAGGCGAAGAGGGAUGCCGAAGAACGAAUUCGGGCUGAUGCAGAGGCGAAAGCAAGCGCACAGCAGACAGCGCCCCAGAACCAGGACAACCAGGACGCGUGGGCAGCCUACUACCAGCAACAGCAACAGUAUGCCCAGUACAUGGCUCUGAUGCAAUCCAUGCCAGGUGGCCAGCCUCAGCAGUCCGCUCAACCCGCGCCGGCCCCAGCAGCGCCAAUGCCGCAAGUAGGCGAUGCUCAGCUUCAAGCACUCCUGUCUCAAAUGAGCCAGCAGCCCGCCCAGGGCGCACCUCAGGCCGGUGCCUUCGGUCUCAACCCUCAAGACCAGGGUUACCAGCAGUUGAUGAUGCUCGCACAGAUGCAGCAGCAGCAACAACAGCCUCAGCAACAACAGCCCCCCCCUGCCCCCGAGCCGCCUGCUGUCGAUCAAACCCCGGAUCCUUCGUAUAACAAACCAUCUUACGGACGGAAGUUGAUCGAUUACAGCGACCGGGACAGUCGGGAGGAAUCUGAGGAACAUCGUGGACGCGACCGGGAUCGGAACCGCGAUCGCGAGGGUGGCAGGGGCAAGCAGGGUAAGAACCGCAAAGGCAACGCUCCAGGCGGGGCCACGCUCCCUCCUCAUCGACCGGUCAACCGCGCCCUCAUCGGAACCAAGCCUUGCAGCUUCUGGCAGCAGGGCAAGUGUGCCAGAGGCGACAAGUGCACCUUCAGACACGACAACUAA